AAGCCAAAGAAGAACGGCCAAGUCUACAUGACUUGGUGCAACUUCUCUACUUUCAGUUUCAAGUUUCUCCCAACCACCCCAGAAAAAAUAUUUUCUUUUCUUUCUUAAAGGGAACUUUCUAGUUCUGGUCGCAUAUGAUUCAGCUACCUUUUGUUUUUCACUCUUCUCAUCUCCUUAAAACUCGUUACUUUUAGAGAAAAUAGAAAAAAAAUAAAUAUUGAGAGAAGGAGCAAAGAAAAUUACGAGGAACAGAAUUAGAAAGAAAAGAAAAAGGAAAACAAGUGGGGAAGAUAUCAUAUAUGGCUUGCUUUAUGCCUUUCAACAAUAGAAAUUUGGAUGUAAGCUUUUUUGCCUUCAGGCCAACAGUAGUACUUGUUGAUGAUCUUCUUGAUGCGCUCAAACAUUUGUCUCUUUGCACUGAGACUCUUGGUUGUGUUCAGAGUUCUUUGAUUCAGAGCAUCCAUGGAAAUAUGAUCAUAUGGUAUGGAGCAUGGCUCAAGAAAUCUUCUGAGGACAAGGAGUCAUUAACCGUAACCCUUAUCUCAAUGUUAAAAAAUAUAUCAAGCAUGGCAAUCUUAGUAGAACAUACCUUCUUUGAUGCAUAUGCUGGAGAAUCAAGGGAUGGCUCCUCUGCUGCAAAAUUCUACAGAGGUGACACAAUCUCCAUAAGCUUAGCAGUCCCUUCCUCAGGCGACUUUGAUGAUCUCUCCUAUGCCUGCUUAGCGCUGUUCAAAUCCCAUUUCCUGAAGAUGGAUGGCGUAUCUGCCGGAGUUUGCUUGAAAUGCAAAACCACCAAGCCAACAAUAGCUUGCUUUUACGUGUGGAAAUCUCUCCAUUCUUGUUACUCAUGGAUUCUGAGCAGAGACCUAAGGAAGUCAACGCUUCCCUAUCUUGAACGCUUUGGUCUUGAUAUUAAGUAUGACAUUUUUCGGGUAGUGUAUGUUAGUGGUGACAAUGCACUAAAUCUUCAAUUCUUCUCUCCUCAUCAAAUGUUUGAACAAGAAGGAGACAGCAAAGAACCAAGGCGGAUCAUGCAAAACUGAAAAAGGAAAAAAAUGGAAAGCUGCUCGGAAUGUAGGCACACACACACACACACACACAUAUAUAUAUAUAUAUAUAAUUUUUUUUUUUAUGGCCUUGUAAAUAUGAUCAUAUGAAAUGAUUUGAUUAGUUCUACCAACAAGAUGAAGACAUUCAUGGACCAUUUUGAUUAAGCUAAUCAGGUUGAUUCGAUUAA